CGUCCUCGCCGAACGGCACGCUCCAGCUGUGGAUCAGCUACAGGGGCGGCGCCUUCCGCAACGCCGUCUUCCCCGCCGGCCUGCACGCGCUCGACUUCGAGGUGGUGGAUGUCUCUGACGACCAGGUGAUGGUGGCCGUUACGCGCAGCGCCACCUCGUCCAGCCUCUACGUGUCGGCGGUGCCCGACCAUCGCGGCGUGCGCUUCUCACUGUCGCUGGAGAACGUGCUCUCGCACAAAACCGGCACCACCUUCGCCCGCUCCUGGCUCAGCAUGGUGAACGUCGACUUCGUGGACGUGCACCGGGUGAGCGGGCUGCGCGGCAUCUACCUGGCGUCGCAGCUGCCGGCCGGCGCGCCCGGCGACCGGCUGGCGCCGCAGCACGUGCGCACGCUCAUCACGUUCGACAAGGGCGGCGAGUGGCGGCCGGUGGCGGCGCCCACCGUCGACAGCACCGGCGUGCCCAUCGACUGCCAACAGGUGGACAACUGCUCGCUGCACAUCUCGCAGGAGAUGACCAGCCUGUACCCGGGCACCAAGUACGUGCCGGUGCUGUCCUCGCCGUCGGCCGUCGGUCUCAUCAUGGCCACCGGCGUGAUCGGCACCUCGCUCAAGGGCCACCCGGCCGUGGUGCUCAGCCGCGACGCCGGCGUCACCUGGCGCCAGGUGCUACGCGGCCAGUACCUGUACGCGUUCGCCGACCAUGGCGGCCUGAUCGUGGCGGUGGCGCGCUACAGCGGCGGCGGCACGCGCGAGCUGCUCUACUCGCUGGACGAGGGCAUGACCUGGGGCCGGCACAUCUUCUUCCCGGAGGCGGUGCGCGUGCACAGCCUGCUGACGGAGCCCGGCGAGGCCAGCACCGUGUUCCUGGUGUUCUGCGCCCGGCUCGACAGGCACGGCUGGAUCUCGGUGCGCGUCGACCUCGCCUCGCAGUUCGAGCACAACUGCACCGAGGACGACUACAAGCUGUGGACGCCGCGCUCGCGCGCCUCUGGUCGGUCGUGUCUGCUGGGGCGGCGCGAGACGUACCGGCGCCGCCAGCCGCACGCCCACUGCUACAACGGCCGCCGGGCGGCGCCGGCACUCGUCUCCGUCGAGAACUGCGACUGCCUGCGCGAGGACUACGAGUGCGACUUCGGCUUCCGGGAGGAGCGACGCUCGUUCCACUGCGCACGGGACCCGGCCGUGGCGCGGCUGCCGAACUCGUACGACCCGACGCGCUGCCCGGAGGGCGGCUACUACAACCAGUCUCGCGGCUACGCGCGCGUGCCGGGCGACACGUGCCAGCCGGGCACGGCCGCCGCCGUGCUGUUUGAGCCCGACCGGCGCCCCUGCCCGCUCAACGAGAGCACCGACUUCCUCCUCAUGGCCAAGCGUGACGCCAUCCUGCGUCUGGCCGUCUCGGACGUGGAGAGCGGCGUGGCGCCGCUGCCGCUGCCGCUGAGCGGCGUGGCCAGCGUGGUGGCGCUCGAGUUCGACGUGCGCAACAACUGCCUGUACUGGUCCGACACCGCGCUCAAGGCCGUCUUGCGCCAGUGCUUGAACGGCGCUGGCCGCGAAGUGCUGCUGAACCGGAACGUGACGACGGUGGAGGCGCUGGCGCUAGACUGGACCACCGGCAACCUGUACCUGACCGAGUCGGUGUCGGCCACCAUCCAGCUAGUGCGGCCGAGUGCCGGCCACGCCACCCACCUGCGAGCCACGCUGCUGGACAGUGCGGAGCUGGACAACCCCCGCGGCCUGGCGCUCCACCCCAGCAAAGGGUACAUGUUCUGGACGGACUGGUCUCAGACGACCCCCGGCAUCUACCGCGCCUUCAUGGACGGCACGAAGCACACCCAGAUCGCCGGCCGGGGCAAGGUGAUGUGGCCCAACGGCGUCAGCAUCGACUACCAGGCGGACCGCAUCUUCUGGGUGGAUGCCAACCUCGACUACCUGGCGUCGUCCGACCUAGACGGCGGCCACUUCCAGAUACUGCUGCAGAACUCUGAGAACAGCCGACACCCGUUCGCCAUCUCCGUGUACAAGGAUUUGAUGUUCUGGAACGACUGGCAGAGCGAAGUGGUGCUCAUGACCGACAAGCGCUCGCCGACCCACGUCGUCACCGUGCUCGACAAGGUGCCCAACGUCGUCGACGUCAAGGUGUUCGGCCAGCAGUCGCAGCGGGGCGUCAGCGGCUGCACCAACAGCACCGCCUGCGCCUGGCUCUGCACCCCACGGCCCGACGGCAAGCACCGGUGCCUGUGCCCGGACGGCCUGCGCCUGCAGAACGACAAGUGCGUGUGCUUCAACGGCAAUACGCCCUUCGCCAACGGCACCUGCCCGUCAGUGAACGAGCAGUGCGCGGCCGAGUACUUCACGUGCGCCAAUAAGCAGCUCUGUAUCAGGCGAGACUGGCUGUGCGACGGCGACAACGACUGCGGCGACAACUCGGACGAGCGCGACUGCCAGCAGGCCAGCUGCGGCAGCCUACAGUUCCGCUGCGACAACGGCCGCUGCAUCACGGCCGCCUGGCACUGCGACUUCGAGGACGACUGCCACGAUGGCAGCGACGAGCGCGGCUGCGUGUACCCCAACUGCACGAGCACCGAGUUCCAGUGCGCCAGCGGCCGCUGUAUCCGCAGCCAGUACCGCUGCGACGGCGACGACGACUGCAGAGACAAGUCGGACGAGCUGGACUGCCCGACGCCGGCGCCGCCGCCCUGCCCACCGCCGUCGUUCCAGUGCGUCAACAGCAGCCAGUGCCUGCCGAUCUCGUGGGUGUGUGAUGGCUCUGCCGACUGCCCGGGCGGCGACGACGAGGACGCGGCCCGCUGCGCCGACUACAGCUGUCCCCGCUGGCAGUUCCAGUGCGCCAACAAGCGCUGUAUUCAGAUGAAGUGGCGCUGCGACUCGCAGAACGACUGCGGAGACGGCUCCGACGAGCUGAACUGCACGGCCACCACCACGGCUGCGCCCACCACGGAGCCGGCGCCCACCUUCCCCAUGGGUGACUGCGGCACCAGCGGCCACGGUGGCGACGCCACGGCCGCGCCGCCGGCCGCCGGCAGCUCCCGGCCGCCUCCCUCGGCCACCUGCGGGGCCAGUCACUUCCGCUGCGAUAACGGCCGCUGCAUCUGGGAGGCGUUCGUGUGCGACGGCGACCGCGACUGUCCGGGCGGCGAGGACGAGGCGGAGUGCGCCGGCGGCACGGGCGGCUGCGCGGCCGGCCAGUACCGCUGCCUGCUGUCCGGCGAGUGCAUCGGACGCCGCCUGCUCUGCAAUGGCCGCCAGGACUGCGCCGACAACUCGGACGAGGAGGCCUGCGCGCCGGAAGGCACCACCGUGCAGCCGUUCACCUGCCCGUCCGGCUUCUUCCGGUGCGACUUCCACACCUGCCUGCCCUACUUCAAGUUCUGCGACGGCCACCGGGACUGCUCGGACGGCUACGACGAGUCCAGCUGCCGCGACGAUAGCACCGUGUUCCAGGUGGUGAGCUACGCCGCCGACACCAAGACGCUGACGCCGCAUGCGGUGACGGUGGGCUGGAAGACGAACGCUCGCGGCCCGGCCAUGCUCGCCAAGCUCAGGUACUUGCCAUCGAUCUGCGCCGUCUACCAGCCGGGGCCGUGCCACUGGAUCAACAUGACCUGGAUCGCCGACACCGAGUACCGCUUCGACCGGCUGGAGCCGUUCACGUGGUACAACGUGACCGUGUUCGUGCGCGCCGAGGGACGCGACGCCGCCUUCCCCGCCAGCCAGUACAUCAGCGUCCAGACCCUCAGCGCCCGGCCGACGCCACCCUGGCAGAUGACCGCCACACAGCUGAACCACAACUCUGUUCGCGUGUCGUGGCGGCCGCCCAAGCACAUGAACGGCCGCCUGUUGAACUACCGGCUCUCGAUGGUGCCGCCUCAGCCGGCCCACGUGUUUCACACACGGCACACCAACUUCACCGUGGUCGAGGACUUCCUGCCCGGCGCGAACUACACGUUCUUCGUCCAGGCGGAGAACGCCGAGUUCCUGAGCGAGAGCUCGCACCCGGCGUCGCUCGUGUUCGACGGCGACGCGGUGAUCGGUGCCGUGACCGGCGUCGCCGUGGAGGAGCGCACGCCGCGCUCGCUGACGCUCAGCUGGGACGCGCUGCCGGCGGCUGACGGCUUCCUGGUGCGCUACACGCCUACGGAGAACCAGCUGGUGCCCGCCGACGACCUCCGCACCAAGAAUAACCGUGUCGUGCUGUCUGGGCUCCUAUCUCCGGGCACAGCGUACGAGUUGACGGUGCAGGGCUACAAGGGCCGCUUCACGGGGCCGGCGCAAGCCAUCAGCAGCGGCACCACCGGCCAGCCAAUCCCGGCAGGUCACGAAUCUCACGGCGACGCUGUCGCCCACAGCGGCAAUGCUCGUCAACCUUCGGAGGUGGCCCACUCCCACCAGGUGCCCGCCAACUACGGCGGCCACUACCUAGUGACGGUGCGCACCACGGCCAUGGACGCCGCGCCGCCCACCCCGGUGACGUUCGAGGCGCCGCCCAUCCCGGCGCCACACCAGCUGCGGCCCAUCAUCGAGCGAAACGGUAGCGUCGUGCUCUACUGGAAGGAGCGCAACCUGCCGCACGAGAUGCGAGACGUCAACGAGAGCACCGACUUCCUCCUCAUGGCCAAGCGUGACGCCAUCCUGCGUCUGGCCGUCUCGGACGUGGAGAGCGGCCGCCAGUGCUUGAACGGCGCUGGCCGCGAAGUUCUGCUGAACCGGAACGUGACGACGGUGGAGGCGCUGGCGCUAGACUGGACCACCGGCAACCUGUACCUGACCGAGUCGGUGUCGGCCACCAUCCAGCUAGUGCGGCCGAGUGCCGGCCACGCCACCCACCUUCGAGCCACGCUGCUGGACAGUGCGGAGCUGGACAACCCCCGCGGCCUGGCGCUCCACCCCAGCAAAGGGUACAUGUUCUGGACGGACUGGUCUCAGACGACCCCCGGCAUCUACCGCGCCUUCAUGGACGGCACGAAGCACACCCAGAUCGCCGGCCGGGGCAAGGUGAUGUGGCCCAACGGCGUCAGCAUCGACUACCAGGCGGACCGCAUCUUCUGGGUGGAUGCCAACCUCGACUACCUGGCGUCGUCCGACCUAGACGGCGGCCACUUCCAGAUACUGCUGCAGAACUCUGAGAACAGCCGACACCCGUUCGCCAUCUCCGUGUACAAGGAUUUGAUGUUCUGGAACGACUGGCAGAGCGAAGUGGUGCUCAUGACCGACAAGCGCUCGCCGACCCACGUCGUCACCGUGCUCGACAAGGUGCCCAACGUCGUCGACGUCAAGGUGUUCGGCCAGCAGUCGCAGCGGGGUGUCAGCGGCUGCACCAACAGCACCGCCUGCGCCUGGCUCUGCACCCCACGGCCCGACGGCAAGCACCGGUGCCUGUGCCCGGACGGCCUGCGCCUGCAGAACGACAAGUGCGUGUGCUUCAACGGCAAUACGCCCUUCGCCAACGGCACCUGCCCGUCAGUGAACGAGCAGUGCGCGGCCGAGUACUUCACGUGCGCCAAUAAGCAGCUCUGUAUCAGGCGAGACUGGCUGUGCGACGGCGACAACGACUGCGGCGACAACUCGGACGAGCGCGACUGCCAGCAGGCCAGCUGCGGCAGCCUACAGUUCCGCUGCGACAACGGCCGCUGCAUCACGGCCGCCUGGCACUGCGACUUCGAGGACGACUGCCACGAUGGCAGCGACGAGCGCGGCUGCGUGUACCCCAACUGCACGAGCACCGAGUUCCAGUGCGCCAGCGGCCGCUGUAUCCGCAGCCAGUACCGCUGCGACGGCGACGACGACUGCAGAGACAAGUCGGACGAGCUGGACUGCCCGACGCCGGCGCCGCCGCCCUGCCCACCGCCGUCGUUCCAGUGCGUCAACAGCAGCCAGUGCCUGCCGAUCUCGUGGGUGUGUGAUGGCUCUGCCGACUGCCCGGGCGGCGACGACGAGGACGCGGCCCGCUGCGCCGACUACAGCUGUCCCCGCUGGCAGUUCCAGUGCGCCAACAAGCGCUGUAUUCAGAUGAAGUGGCGCUGCGACUCGCAGAACGACUGCGGGGACGGCUCCGACGAGCUGAACUGCACGGCCACCACCACGGCUGCGCCCACCACGGAGCCGGCGCCCACCUUCCCCAUGGUACGGGUGCCAUCGCCGGCCCGGAUGCUCGAUCCCAGCGCGGCUUCCGCCUGCUGA